CACAUUGUAAUAAAAUCUGUUUCGACCAAAAAAAAUUGUAAUAAAAUAUGUUCUUAGGAUUUUUAUAAAGGUUCAAUAUCUUCAUAAGAGAUUAUUUAAACACUGACAAAAUCCGACUAUUCAAGAAAGCGGGUUGAGUUCGAGACCUCCAACAAUUUCCCGCCAUGAUAAUCCUAUCCCGUCCUCCUCCUCUCUCCAGUCUCCCUCCAAACCCUAGAAUCGCAUCCCCUGCCCCCCACCGUUUCUCGUCCUCGAGCUCCAACCUCCUCCCCCCGCAGUGCCAAACCACCGAACGCGGCCACGAGUUCGAGACCGGCGGCACCUUCUACCGCCGAGAGAGCGCCGUCGGCCGCGACCUCGGCGUCCUCGCGGCCUCCCUGCACAAGCGAUCCAGCCCCCAACUGCGCGUCCUCGACGCCAUGUGCGGUUGCGGAAUCCGAUCCCUCAGGUACCUCCUCGAGGCCGACGCCGAGUUCGUGCUGGCGAACGAUGCGAACGAUGACUACAGGAGCGUGAUUGCGAGGAACUUGUCGAGGGUGAGCGAUGAGGGGAGGUGGCUGGUCUCCAGCAAUGAAGCGAAUCGGAUCAUGACGGAGUGUUAUCUGAAGAGGGAUUUUUAUGACUUGGUGGAUGUGGACUCUUUUGGGAGUGAAUCGUCCUAUUUGAGGUCGGCGAUGAACUGUCUGAAGUUAGGAGGGUUGCUUUAUGUCACGUCGACGGAUGGUUACUCCUCUGGUGGUCAUAGGCCUCAUCAUUCAUUAGCUGCAUACGGAGCAUAUGUGCGCCCUAUGCCAUAUUCAAAUGAGGUUGGUUUGCGGAUGCUUAUAGGUGGUGCAGUGCGUGAAGCUUCUGUUCUGGGAUAUCGUGUUACUCCACUUUUUUCUUAUUAUUCAUACCAUGGACCUGUCUUCCGUGUUAUGCUACGUCUAAACAGAGGAAAACUUCUUACUAAUAGGCAUUAUGAAUUUAUUAGCUACUGCACCAAGUGUGGACACUCCCAAUCAUAUUCGUGGGAUGAACUUAGUAAAUUAAGUUGCACCUGCAAUAAGGAGGGAGGGUCGCUUGUUGUGUCCGGGCCUCUCUGGACUGGACCUCUGCAUAGUGCAUCCUACCUCACAGAAAUGUCAAAUAUGGCUGAGCAAUUGGGAUGGAUGGGCAAUGGCACAGGAACUGACCUUCAAAAACUUUUGCAGCUGAUGGUGGAUGAGAGUGACCCUAAGCUACCAUUUGGUUACAUCAAAUUGGAUGAGGUUGCCAGCCGUGCCAAAAUCAACUCCCCUCCACUUAGGACCAUGAUGAGUGCCUUGCAGAAGGAGGGAUAUGCAGUUAGUAGGUCACACAUUGCAACCAAUGCCAUUAAGACAGACUGUCCUAUGGCUACAUGCAUUAGAAUUGCCAAGGAGGUUUAACACUGUUAAUUAAUCAUGGUGCGGAGCUGCAGUGCCUGCGACGCUUAAGAGUGCACCCAUUUCGGAAGCAUCAGUGAAGAAGCAACCUUUACUUAACGAUCGAACUUAGGCAGUGGAAAGCAGACCCUCAAAUGCAUAGGAGCAGUCCCUGAUCUAGUAGCUGAUAACAUUAAUUUGGAGCCAUUACAC